GACCGUGGGGCCCGGCCAUGAGGCUGAGCCGGGCGGCCGUGCUGGCGCGGGCCAAGGCCGUCGCGCUCGAUGGGGUCCGGCGGCUGAACUGCUGGGGCAGCCACCUCACUGAUGUAAGUACCGUGCUGCCAUCUGCUCAUCUCAUCGAUCCCCUGCCUGUACCUGGAGAGAGCUGGCACUGGGAGGGUACUGGGGCCCUGUGCUCACCUGACGGUGCAGGAUUUGGGCUCGUAGGCACAUCUCUACUGCAGGAAAGGGCUGCCUGGAUGAGAGGGAUGGAUCCUUCCUGGAAAGCAGCCCUGAAUGGCAUCUCAGACCUUGAGCCGCUGAACCAGUGCCAGAAUCUGAGUGAGCUCUACUUGAGGAAGAACAACAUAGCAAGCCUGAAUGAGCUCUUCUACCUCAAAAACCUGCCCCGGCUGAGGGUCCUGUGGCUGUCUGAAAACCCCUGCUGUGGGCCGGACCCCCACCGCUACAGGAUGACGGUGCUCCGCAACCUCCCCAGCCUGCAGAAGCUCGAUAAUCAAGCCGUGACAGAGGAAGAGCUGUCCCAGGCCCUGGUUGAUGGGGAGGAAAUCACGGCCCCACCAGCCAGGAGGAGUAUGGAGAAUGGCUGCUCCGCAUCCACAGAGUCCAGUGCUGCUGAAUCCACAAUGGAGACUGAGAGUGAGCUGCUGAGCUUCGGUCUGGAGGAGACCAACAAAAUCCGAGAGCAGCUUGGUAUGAAGCCUGUUCCUAGGGAUAAAUUUUCCUCCUUCUCACCUCAAGAGACGGACUGUAGCCAAAAGACAAGAAACAACGUGCUGAAUGCCAUCCUGCUUCUCACGAAGGAACUGGAUGCAGAGGGUCUGGAGAUCGUCCAGCAGACAGUGGGGAGGAGGCUGCAGGCCUUUCGGAAGAGAGAGCUGCAGGAGGAGUGACGGUGCGUGCUGUAUCCUCCCUGGAGCAUUCCGUGAGUCGGGGAGCUUGCCUCAGCCCAGCAGCAACACUCUGCCCAUACAUGCCUUCCUCAGCACGUCCCACUGCACUUCCCCUGUGGAUGAGGUGAUGCUGGCUGAAAGAAACUGCCCUUUUAGCUCUCCUGACAUUGACCUUGGCCGUGUGCAUCACGCUGGCAGGAUCUGCCUCUCGGGAGCUUUCCUGCUGGCGUGGCAGGCUCUGUUAAUGUGUGCAUGUCAUGUCACUGGGGUCAUUCGAUGGGAGCCACAGCGGGAUCAACAAGAAAAAGCUAGCAGGGCUGUGGGCAGAGGUGCUGCUGUGCUCUACAAAUGAAGGGUUUGGCAAAGCCUGACAGCAGUCAGAAGUACCACUGCUUUCUCUUGGCCGAGCACUUGGCCAGUUGUCAUUCUGGGUCUGCGUAGAGCAGGCUUUGAAGGCAGCUUCUCCCACAGAGGUUUGUUUGAAUCUUGGGAAGACACUGCCUAAAGGAUUUUCAAGAACUCUCUGGUGCAGAUGGUGAAGGUCAAUGUCGAAUUCUUAAUUUAUCUUAAACUCCUGAUUUCUUUUGGCCUUGUUAGUACAAGCAGCAUCUGACUUGGUGGUGGGGUGGCCCAAAGAAGACCUUGGUGCAGUGUGGGUGAAACAGCAAAUCCUGAAUGCUCAGCUGUAGUUUCGCCCCUGCAUGCCCUUGCAGGCAUUAGAGCAGCCUAAAGAAAUUUAACCUUGGGGCAAAAUACCCCUGUGCAUUUUGGGAGAAAAUGAGCCAAGCAUUACUGUUUGAAUGCACAGGUAUUUAACUGAAAAAGCUGCAUUCAGAAAAAAUUUACAAAGCUGUUAAAUACCACUUAAAACAUUGUGACAUAGCAAAUAAAAGCCGUUUUCCCUCUA